AUGACAAAAAGUUUUAACCUGGCAGACUUUCCGGGAACAUUUGCCUUAGUAGCUUCUACUUGCUCUUCCCCUUCACCGGAAUUUGACACUAUUCCUGAAGAGUUCGUUAUUUCUGUCACCAAGUUCCGCAAAAGCUCAAUGGAACCGGAAAUCACCGAUUCACACACUGCGCACUCCACCGGCAAUGUUGACGCAAUCGAGGUGACAGGAGAAAAUGAUGGCCACAGAGAGCAGUCACCUACAAAUGGUAGAGAGAGCAAAGGAGGGUGGAACACUGUAUUUAUCUUGCUAGCGAAUCAAGCAUUGGCCACACUAGCUUUCUUUGGAGUUGGAGUAAACUUGGUUUUGUUUCUGACUCGAGUCCUUCGCCAAGACAUUGUUGAUGCUGCUAACAAUGUGAGCAAGUGGACCGGAACCGUUUACAUAUUCUCACUGAUUGGAGCUUUUCUCAGUGAUUCUUACUGGGGCCGAUAUUUAACUUGCUCAAUCUUUCAGAUCAUUUUUAUUCUGGGCUUGGGGAUGUUGUCCCUGACUUCUUGGCGAUUUUUAAUCAAACCAGCUGGUUGUGGCAGUGAAGAAACAAAAUGCAGGGAAGCAUCAUCAGUGGGUGUUGGCGUGUUCUACUUAUCCAUAUAUCUAGUGGCAUUUGGAUAUGGAGGGCACCAACCCACCUUAGCAACCUUUGGCGCAGAUCAAUUCGAUGAGAAGAAGAAAAACCACAAGGAAAACAGAGAUGCUUACUUCGGUUAUUUUUACUUUGCCCUCAACGUUGGAUCUUUGUUCUCCAACACUGUAUUAGUAUACUUUGAGGAUACAGGGAUGUGGACACUAGGUUUCUUAGUAUCCUUGGGCUCAGCUAUCAUUGCUUUUCUUUUAUACUUGGCAGGAUUUAGAAAAUAUAGAUAUGUAAAGGCAUACGGGAAUCCGGUUAUAAGGGUAGUUCAGGUGUUUGUGGCUGCUUUUAAAAAGUUUAAGGUUAAAGCAGGCAAUGAAGACCAACUUUAUGAGGUUGAUGGUCCAGAGUCUGCCAUAAAAGGAAGUAGAAAGAUUAUGCACAGCAACGAUUUCAGAUUCAUGGACAAGGCAGCAACGAUAACGGAGAGAGAUAGAGAUGAUCUCAAGAAUCACUGGCGGCUUUGUACUGUAACUCAAGUUGAAGAAGCCAAGUGUGUGAUGAGAAUGCUACCAGUUUGGCUGUGUACUAUAAUCUAUUCGGUCGUGUUUACACAAAUGGCUUCUCUUUUUGUGGAGCAAGGGGAUGUGAUGAACAACAAGGUUGGAAAAUUCCACUUGCCAGCAGCCACCAUGUCAGUGUUUGAUAUCUGCAGUGUCCUUGUAUGCACUGGAAUUUAUCGCUAUAUCUUAGUUCCUCUGGUUGGAAAACUCAGUGGCUAUCCUGGGGGACUAACUGAACUUCAAAGAAUGGGAGUUGGUCUAAUUAUUGGAAUGCUUUCUAUGGUUGCAGCUGGUGUGACAGAGUUUGCAAGACUGAAGCAAGUUAUACCUGGGGAAAAGGCUAGUUCUUUGAGUAUACUAUGGCAAAUCCCGCAGUAUGUUCUAGUUGGUGCUUCAGAAGUCUUCAUGUAUGUGGGUCAGUUGGAGUUUUUCAACGGGCAAGCCCCAGAUGGCAUAAAAAGCUUUGGGAGCUCACUUUGCAUGGCAUCAAUUUCCCUUGGAAACUAUGUGAGUAGCAUGCUGGUGUACAUGGUCAUGGAAGUCACUGAAAGAGGAGAGAAACCAGGAUGGAUUCCCAAUAACUUGAACGUGGGACACAUGGAUAGGUUUUUCUUCCUCGUUGCAAUACUAACUGCUCUUGACUUUGUGCUCUAUUUAUUCUGUGCUCGCUGGUAUAAGAGCAUCAAGAUUGAAGAAGGUGACGAUAAAAACCAAGAGGACCAGCAGGAAAAUAUAAGUAGAGUUUGAUUAAGUUCUUCAUUUUUUUCAUUU